CUCAUGCUUAUUACCCAUUAUAUUGAAUGGAUCUUAUUGACAAAGCCCAACGUCAAUGGUUUAGGCACCGAUGGCCGAUGGGGUGGCGAGGAGGAAGAUGAAAAUUUAUAGCUAAACCAAUACAGCCAAUGCGAAUGGUUGAGCAGCCAUACCUAUGGAGCUCCAUAGAGAGGAAAUGCUUAUACCUCCUCCAACAACGAAACACCUUGGCUUCUAUCCUCAAAAUCCACGCUUUCAUGCUCCGGAACGCCGUUGAAACCAACGUUAAUCUCCUCACAACAUUCGUCAAAACCUGCGCUUCGCUUCCUCUCUUUGCCACGGCAAACCCACUUGCUGGCAUCCACCACGCUCGUCGCGUGUUCGAUCACCGGCCUGAGAGAGAUGAAGCGUUCCUUUGUAACACCAUGAUCCAAGCCCAUGUGGAUAUGCGCCAAUUCGUCGAGUCUUUCAUUCUUUACAGGGAUCUUAGGAGGAACACGGGUUUCACUCCCGAUGGUUACACAUUCCCAAUUUUGGCCAAGUCUUGUGGCUUCAAUGUGGCUAUUUGGGAAGGCCUAGAGGUGCACGGUCACGUUUCUAAACUUGGAUUUGGCUCGAGUCUGCACGUAUCAACGGCGCUGGUUGAUAUGUAUGCUAAGUGUGGGAAGAUGGAUUGUGCAAGAAUGUUGUUCGAAGAGAUGACGGAAAGAAGUUUAGUGUCGUGGACUGCUCUCAUUUGUGGGUAUGUGAGGUCCGGGGAUAUAAGCAAGGCAAGGUUGCUUUUUGAUCAGAUGCCUGAGAAAGACGCGGCGUUGUUUAACGCAAUGAUUGAUGGUCAUGUCAAAUUUGGAGAAAUGGGCUUGGCGAAAAAAUUGUUUGAUGAGAUGCCAGAUAAGAAUGUGGUGUCUUGGACCAGCAUGAUUUAUGGGUACUGCCAUAAGGGUGAUGUUGAAUCUGCUAGGUUGCUCUUUGAUGCCAUGCCGGACAAGAAUCUAUUUUCAUGGAAUGCAAUGAUUGGUGGAUAUUGCCAGAACAAACAACCUUAUGAAGCAUUGAGAUUAUUUCAGGAAAUGCAAUCAACCACAUCAUUCGAACCAGAUGAAGUAACUGUCGUAAGCAUUCUUCCUGCUAUUGCUGAUCUGGGUGCUCUGGAUUUAGGUGGCUGGGUUCACCGGUUUAUUCGGGAGAGGAGGCUUGAUAGAGCAACUAAUGUCUGCACUGCGCUUGUUGAUAUGUAUGCAAAAUGUGGCGAAAUUACAAAAGCCAAAAGACUUUUUGACGAGAUGCCUGGAAAAGAAACGGCUUCUUGGAAUGCUUUAAUAUAUGGGUUUGCAGUCAACGGCCGCGCAAAGGAAGCAUUAGAGAUAUUCUUGGAGAUGCGACGAGAAAGACAUAAGCCAAAUGAAAUAACCAUGCUUGGUGUUUUGUCUGCUUGUAACCAUAGUGGUCUAGUGGAGGAAGGGAAGAAAUGGUUUAAAGCAAUGGAAGAAUUUGCGCUUACCCCAAAGAUUGAGCACUAUGGCUGUAUGAUAGAUCUUCUGGGGAGGGCUGGGUGCUUGGAUGAAGCUGAGCAGUUGAUUGAGAGUAUGCCUCACAAGGUUAACGGGAUAAUCUUGAGUUCUUUUCUAUUCGCAUGUGGAUGCUCUAACGAUGUUAUGAGAGCCGAGAGAGUACUAAACAAGGCAGUCAAAAUGGAGCCACAAAAUGAUGGAAACUAUGUAAUGUUGAGAAAUUUGUAUGCCAUGGAUGAAAGGUGGAGAGAUGUAGAAGAAAUUAAGGGGUUGAUGAGAAAGAAUGGAGCAAAUAAAGAGGUGGGUUGUAGUGUUAUUGAGAUUGAUGGUAGAGUCAGGGAGUUUGUGGCUGGGGAUAGAGCGUACCCACAUUUGAAGUCUCUACAUUUUGUGUUGGAGCUGUUGCAGAAGCACAUGAAGGGACAGAUUAUUUAAACUAUAAAGGCGGCGUGAAUUACUACUUGUGUGGCUUGGGCUAAGCACAAAGCUGAUACAAGUUCCAUCGCAUCAAAUUUCAUGAUUGAAGUCGAUGGUAGAUUCAAGGUGGAUAGAGUAUACACAUUUGAGGUUCUACAUGCAUGCGUUUGAAAAAUGGAAUGAAGCAAAAGAUCAGUUAUAGAGGAGGAAAGUGCUCCUCGAUCUCAUGGAGGGGGUGUCAAUCCCAGCAGAGGAGACAGAUUCGAAAGAUGCUCAACGGAAUAGUAACACCACUUUCAGCAGCCAUGGCUGCAGAGAGAACCGGAGAGAAUGUGGCCCAGCUACAAAUGAAGAAGACCAUUCCCAUUGUCUUAUUUGUAGGAUCUCGUCUCUGUUAAUUACUGGAAUAACAGCAACCAAUACCAACUCUAAUUGAGUUUCUCUUCGCACUUCCUAAA